UCACGCUGGAAGGUUUUGCGUUCUGUUUGUACGCUGUGGCCGGCAAUUAAUCACAAUGAGCACCGGAUUAGUGAAGAAACCAGUUCUUUAUUAUGCGCCACGCAGUCCACCCUGUCGCGCAGUUCAGCUCACAGCCGCUGCUUUGGGACUCGAACUGGAUUUGCGCCCUGUCAAUGUGAAGGCUGGCGAGCACAUGACUGCGGAGUUUCUUAAGCUCAAUCCACAGCACACAAUACCCGUACUGGAUGACAAUGGAGUCGUGGUGAGCGACUCUCAUGUGAUCUGCAGCUAUCUGGCGGACAAGUAUGCUGGCCAGAACGAUGAGCUCUAUCCCAAGAACGAGGCGCAGCGUCGCCUGAUCGAUGCUCGCCUUUAUUACGACUGCGGACACUUGUUUCCGCGUUUGCGCUUCAUUGUGGAGCCCGUGAUUUACUUUGGUGUGGCGCAGAUACCCGAAGAUCGCAUAACCUACAUGCAAAAGGCCUACGAUGGCCUGGAACACUGCCUGACAGCAGCUACCUAUUUGGCUGGCGACAAGCUGACCAUCGCCGAUUUGUGCACUGUGGCCACGGUGACCACAGCGGCGGCCUUUGCGCCCAUCGAGGAGGCCAAGUAUCCCAGGCUAACUGAAUGGAUAAAACGCAUGGAGGCGCUGCCCUACUACGAGGCUAACAAUCAGCAGGGUCUCGAUAUGCUGGUUCAGCUGGUCAAGGGUCUGCUGGCCGAGCGACAGACCUGAAUGGCCGGGCAUCAAUCAAUAUUGGCAAUAAUACACGAGAUGUUU